AUAACUUCAAGGUUAGAUCAAGGCUAAACAGUUCAAGGGGUUGUGAAUCGUUGAUGUAGAAUAAAUAUCUACCUCCGAUUUUAGUUAACAUUUACAAUGCCAACACAACAUAUUGCUCUGGCAUUAUUCUUAGUUCUGUUGGCAAUUGGAGUCAUCAUUUUGAUCAGCAUACUAGUUAUUGUCAAAAGACGUAUAGCUCGACGAAAAAGCCGAAUAGGACGUACUACUUAUAAUUCAUGUGGACAUGGUCUACCAAAAGUUUGGAAAUCAAAUAUCGAGAAAAAAAUUAAUGGCACUGUGAAAAUACGCACUGAACCUCAGGUAUUCGGUCCUCAUUAUUCUGAAAAUUACAAUGUCUACACUUCUACUGGUGAAGUAACUUUCCUUUAUCGUGCUAAAACAGUCGAUCAGUUUCUCAUGUUAAAACAAGCCAUACUUUCCUUAGAUUCGACAUUAGAAGCUCCUCCAUUAAGAGAUAUACGUGAUUUCUUAUUGACAGCUCGUCAUAAUGUCAUGAAUCCGCCACCAUCUCGUGAUCACAUUGAAGAAUAUUGUCAACUGUAUUUGUGGGCAAGGCAUGAUUUGAAUCCUUUUGGUGAAUCAGAAUAUAAACGGUUUUGUGAAUUGCAAACUAAUUUAUUAGAAAUAGUCAAUCGUACAAAACCAUGGCCUGUCUAUUCAUCAGGUGGAACCAAUACUUUUGGUCAGUCAUCAUCCGAACAGUCAUCAAAGAUACAUAAAAGAAAUCAUUCAAAUUUUAAAAUUAAUUUUCCAUCAUUUCUAUUUAAGGCAACAGAACAUUCAAAACUUCGUGUUGUUCAUUCAAGUGCUUCUGUUACAACAGUAACAACUACAAUACCAUCUUCAUCAUCACCGCUAACAACAACAAUAACUACAAGUAUUGCAUUAUCAACACCUACAUUGUCAUCACCAUCAACGUCUAUAGUUAAUCAAUCACGUCCAACACGUGUUAAAGUAUUAUCCAGAACUGGACAACCUAGCGGUUUAAAUUUAAAACGUUUAUCUCAUUCAACACAUCGUAAAAAGCAUGAAUUAUUAGUUUCAUCAUCUGAACAUGAAACGCUUACUAAAAACUCACAUUUAAUUCAUCCAAGCCAUGUCUUUACAAAUGAUGUCAUCGGUGAAAUUGAUUCCAGUGUAGAUUUAUUAAAUAAAAUUGAUAGAAUGGAAACAAAAACCGGUAGUUGUUCACAUCGUCGUGAUAGUUGUCAAAGUGAUGGUUCACAAACAGCGUUAAUUGAUUUAGAACCUGUUAUUGUUGUGAAUCCAUCGAAAACAUUAUCACAACCAUCACGACAAAUAAAACUCAGUGAAUCUUAUAUUAUUCAACCGGAUAUAAAAAAUCUAACACGAUUUAACAAAGGUAUGGAAAAUGAAGCUGUAAAUUGUUGAUUAAUUUAUAUUGUAAAUACAUUUUCAAUUGUUACAGUUAUACUUUCUUCUAUAUUCUUAUGGAUCAAUAAUAAGUAGUAUAUAUCUGUAUAGUCAGUAUUUAAGUAGUAUAUCUAAUAUUAUGUAAAUAUUUAAUGUUUUAUUUUUUAAUUUUCUGAAAAUCUGUCUCCAUUUAAACAUUUGUAAAUAGUAAAAUUCAUCUUAUCGUUAUUUAUUUUAACCAUUACAAAUUUCAACUUAUUUUUAUGGAAUAUCUCUGAAGUUCUACUACUAUUUUUUAAGCUUUGAUUUCAAUCGUUGAGAGAUUAUUUCAGAAUAUAGUUUUCACAUAUUU